AUGCGUUUGCUCACCGGCUCAUCACCAUCGUCCCCAAAAGACUCCUUCCACUUCCUUCCUCAAUCCGUUUUCGCAUUCGGAUCGACGGUCCUCGUCGAGGGUUACGACAAGGAGAGCUCGGUCUCGUGGGUGCACGCGUGGACCGUCGCCGAUGGGAUAAUUACCCAACUCAGGGAGUACUUAAAUACUUCCCUCACCGUCACCCGCUUCGGCCUGUCACAGCCAAUAUCGUCCCCGGCUGUCGCGUCAUCAUCACAGCCGUCGUCAGCCAACAAGUGCCAGAGUGUUUGGCAGAGCCAGCUCUCUGAUAAGUCCGCGCCGGGUCUUGUUCUGGCACUCUAA